AUGGCACUUCUGCAUGGGUCAAACUUUAAUGACUGGCAUGAAGAACUUAUUUAUUACCUUGCUGCCAUGGAUUAUGAUUAUGCCUUACGUAAUGAGAAACCAGGUGCUCUCACUGAUGAGAGCAUUGAUGAUGAGGUUACAUUAUAUGAUUGGUGGGAGCGUUCCAACCAUCUUUACCUUUUAUCUAUCAUGAAGACGAUUACUAAGACUAUAAAAAGCUCCAUACCAACUUUCGAAAAUGCAAAGGAAUACCUAAGCAAUGUAGAGAACCGUUUUACUACUACUGAAAAAUCUUUGGCUGGGACUUUGAUGACCAAAGUAGUAACAAUGAAGUAUACUAGUACUAACGGGGUAGGGGACCAUAUCUCUAAAAUGGCAAUUACCUGUGCACAACUAAAACCCCUUGAAUUGGGCUUUCUUACAACCCGAAAACCAAAUCAAAGUAAGAGUGUCACCUACAUGGGAAAUCGGCAAGAGUCUGAAGUUUGA